AUGGCGCACCCGCAGUAUCGCGGCGCCGUCGAGCUCGACAACUCGCCUCGGUCCCACCUCGACGGCGAAAUCUUCGAGAUGCCUGGCGACUCCGUGGUGCACAAGGCAGAGAACGAGCCGGGGAGAAAGCCGGUGCAGGCGCAGGAUGGGGAUGUGGUGCAGGCGAAUCCGUGGCCUUUCUAUCUGGACCAGGACGUCAGGACGGAGUCGCGGGUCGACGUGGAGGAGCAGAAGAAGGCGGACGUGAAGAGGGAGGAGCAGCAGCCGCUGGCGAAUCCGUGGGCGUAUUUUGGGCCCAUGUCGCCGGGUGAAGAGGACGGGCCCAAGGCUUCUGUGGCGGUUGGAGCAACGGCGGCUGGAUCUGGUGUUGGUGGGCUGGGGAUCACGGCUGAGGAAUCUGGAAAUGCAGAGGCCAAGAUUGAAGAUGUCACUGCAGCACCGCGGCCACUACGUCUCAGCAGUCAUGGCGUACCAGCCGGAAAUAGCGCCUCUCACCCUCCUGCUCCUGCUCCUGCUCCUGCAGCAGCGAGCGAGUCUUCCUCGCCGCCGUCUUCGUUUUAUGUCGCGCCUCUCCGGGUAUCGAGGAAGCAGGUCCCGCCCGCCGGCGCGGCUCCGGCAUUCAUACCGUACAGUCCCCCGGCGGAGGAUGUCGCGCCGAUUGCGCCGCUCAACGUAAAGCACCAGAGGCCGUCUGCCGGUCCCCAGGGCGAUGCGACGAUGGCGUUGCCGUAUCGGCCGUAUCGUCCUGCCGGACAUGUGGAUGAUGCGCCGGCAGCUUCAACUCCCCCGGUGCCUCCACAGCCUCUGCAGCCUGCGUCGCCGCCGCCGCCUCAGUCUCAUGGGUCUCCGGUCGUAGAGGCCGUUCCUCCUCAUGGCCCUCCUCAUCACGCUGUUACUCCGCAAGCCGUUGCUCCUCCGGCGGCACCUCCAGCUGCUCCCCAGGGGACGACUUCGCAAUCGACGAACGCGGCGGUAUCCGCAUCUCCGGAUCUCGCUCAGCAACAGCAGCAGCAGCAGCAGCAGCGACAGCAACAGGAUCACCGCCCGGUAGCAGAUUUAUCUGGCUCAGCGGAGGCGCCCUUGGUUGGAGUGGCGCCGCAACAUCAGCACCAUCAACCAAAUCAGCCUCCGCCGCCAGCAGCAGAUGUUCCUCCUCCCCUUCCACCUCCUCUUCCUAUGGCUGCUGCUCCUCCUAUCCAGGAACCCGUUCCAGUGGUAGCCGUAGCAGAGCAUCCACCCGUGGCCUCUCCAACUCCAUAUCAAAACUCUCAACCUCCGGUGCCUCCGCAUCCAGCACCGGCGGGCACUCCGUAUCAACCAUCUCCGAGCCCUUCACAUCCAGGUCCACCCACAGGCUACCCUCAUCCAUCACCAAGCCCUUCGCAUCCAAGUCCUGCAAUGGGCUACCCUCAUCCAUCCCCGAGCCUUUCACAUCCAAGUCCUACGAUGGGCUAUCCUCCAAACUCAAGUCCCAUCCCAGGCCAACCGGCAUACGGACCGCCCCAUUCGGCGCCAACCUCGUCCGUUCCCAGUCCACAGAUGCCCUCCUUUCAAUUCCAGCCCAUCAACCAGGGACCGCCGCAAAAUCUGUAUUCUGCCCCGAGCCCCACGCCUCCAGUGGCAUCGCAAGCUCCCCCAAGUCCAGCGUCUUACCCUCCUCCUCAGCACUAUACGCCUCCACCACCGACUUCAGGCUAUGAGAUCCCGCAGCCUACCUAUGCAUCUUCAACCGUGAACCCUCCUCCUCAGCCACCGCGGCCGGAGUUCCAGCAGGCGCCAGUAGGUGCUUACCAACAGUAUCCGCAGCCUCAGCCGUCGCCAACUUAUGGGUAUGCUGGUGCUCCAAGACCAGGCACGCAGCCUCCUCCUGCUACGCAUCCUUCAGGAUAUAAUACACCAUACGGACCAGCAAUAGCCCCUCAUCAGCACCAAUAUCCAACUCAGCCCACCUAUGCGGCGGCUAAUGGCAAUAUCCCCUCGUCUCCAAACGUGCCGCAGGCUCAGUAUGCGUCUCCUCCUCUGCCGCCACGCCCAGCAACAACGCAGCCUCAGCUGUUUCUGGGAUUCAACUCUCAAAACGUCGUGUCAUAUCCCCCGCCGCCACAGAGAGUGUUUAGCCCGCCGCCUGCGGUCCCAGGCCAGGGUCCUCGGCGGUCAUCCGGAGGAAUGAGCAGUGGCAGGCUAUUUAGCAGCUCAUCGGCGUUGAAGUGGAUAGACAAGACGGGCAAAGGGCUGGAGAAUAAGCUUGAUGCAGUGCUGGGGCCGUCUAACAAGCCACCACCUCAGCCUCCUCGUCCUACUUAG